AUGGAUGCACCAGAUGUUCAUAAUAUUGAUCCAGAAAAAUCAAAUGAUACUCAUGAUCAUGAUGAGGCUCGAACACAAGGAAAAGUCAGCAUGGGUGAAUAUCUUGGAACACCUGUUGCUAUUAAAACAGUUGCACAACGUCGAUUAAAAUACACGAACAAUCAAAUACGUUUGAUAAAUCGUGAGUUAAAGGUUUUGGGGUCUUUGAGGCAUCCAAAUGUGGUUCUUGCAAUUGGUGCCUGUCAAGAGCCAAAAGUGUACCAUAUUGUUAUGGAGUAUGUUUCUGGACACAAUUUAGUUAUUCAUCGUGACAUCAAUCCAGAGAAUAUUAUGUGUACCAUAGAUUGUCGAGUUAAAUUGUGUGAUAUGGGUGUUAGUAAAUUUCAACAAAAUUCAUUAAUGACAACUGUUGGAGUAAUUGCAAAAGGUACUUCAUUGUAUAUAUCUCCAGAACUUUUAACUGAAGAGAAAAUUGAAUCAUCAACAUUCAGUGAUGUUUGGGCAACAGCAUGUACUAUUGUUGAAUUAUAUAAUGAAGCAUUAGUGUGGGAGAUUGAUGAAGAAACAGAACAAUUAAUUAAUGUAAUUGAAAGGAAAAAAAUACCAGAUGUUGUCAAAGUUCCUGUUAAAAUAAAAUCACAACUCUUGACUUGUUUUUCAAAAAAACCAAAAGAAAGGUCUUUAUCUGGAUUGCUUCAUGAAUAUUCCAAAUUGAGUAAAUCUCAGUAUAAAUAA